AUGAGGCCUUGCAGACACGGCCGCCACCCUGGAGCCUUCCACACUGCCCUGCCAUGGUCAACCCCACCGUGUUCUUCGACUUUGCUGUAGACAGUGAGCCCUCAGGCCAUGUUUCCUUUGAGCUGUUUGCAGACAAGUUUCCAAAGACAGCAGAAAACUUUCAUGCUCUGAGCACUGGAGAGAGAGGGUUUGGUUAUGAAGGCUCCUGCUUUCACAGAAUAAUUCCCGGAUCUAUGUGCCAGGGUGGUAACUUCACACACCAUAACAGCACUGGCAGCAAGUCCAUCUAUGGGGAGAAAUUUGAUGAUGAGAACUUCAUCCUGAAGCAUACGGGUCCUGGCAUAUUGUCCACGGCAAAUGCUGACCCCAACACAAACGGUUCCCAGUUUUUCAUCUGCACUGCCAAGACUGAGUGGUUGGAUGGCAAGCAUGUGGUCUUUGGCAAGGUGAAAAAGGGCAUGAAUGUUGUGGAAGCCAUAGAUCUGAAGAGCACACCUCUCCCCACUGAUAGCCUCACAACUGCUGGAUGUUGUGAUGCUGGAACCUACAAGAGACAGUUGUCCCUUAGUGAAGGAACGAAGGACACUGGUUUAGCUAUCCUUUCGCCUAGAGCUGGGAGUCCCAGAUGCAACAAGACCACGUAAGAGUGUAAAUUGUACAGCCUGUGCUAUUUCUGCAUUCUAGGGAUGGUGGUAAGAUGCUUUUUGGAGAAAGAUUUUCUUUCUUUCUUUCUUUCUUUCUUUCUUUCUUUCUUUCUUUCUUUCUUUCUUUCUUUCUUUCC